ACAUUGUCCUUGCUGUGCGUCAGGAAUACGUCGCCAUUGGCAAUGAUGUCAUAACUCUUCAUACUGGUGAUGAGAUAGCAGUAAUCCCCCCCAUCAGUGGUGGUUAACAUCCUGAAAAUUGGAGGUAUGGUAUGAUGGAUGCUGCUAUGGAAGAAAAGAAUAAGGAGCCUUAUGACUUUAUUAGAUUAUGUAAAGAAAAACUAUCUACUGAGGAGGUGAUGCAGUUGGUGGUUUCUCCAAGCUGUGGCGCUGUGUCCAUUUUUGUAGGAACUACGAGGAACAAUUUUGAAGGAAAGAAAGUUGUGCACCUCGAGUAUGACGCAUAUGUGCCCAUGGCAGAAAUGGAGAUUAAGAAAAUCCUGACUGAUAUCAGGCAGAAAUGGCCGUCUAUCAGGAAUAUGGCUGUCUCUCAUAGACUCGGCUCAGUCCCAGUAACGGAGGCCAGCGUUGUCAUUGCGAUUUCCUCCCCACACAGAGAAGAUUCCCUGGAUGCUGUGAAGUACUGUAUAAACUCAUUGAAAGCCACCGUGCCUAUAUGGAAGAAGGAAGUGUAUGAAGAAGAAGGUGCCUCCUGGAAAGAAAAUAAAGAAUGUUUUUGGAGAAAGGAGGAUGACAAAUGAUGAAAAUCUCAGAGCCUCACGGCCCCUUUUUUAAAAUUAAAUUU